UCGGCUUUCAUUUUUUGUAUUUUCAGGGUGUAUCGGUCGCCUCUAACUCUACAGUCCGGCUGAUCGCCUUUGUCCUUUGUUGUUUUCUUCACUGUGGAUCUGGAAAUGUGAAUUCAGUGACCAGCAAACUAGUGCUGUUUGCGUACGUAUACCUGAGAAAGAUUGGAGGGAGAUCUCUGGAGAGUAAAGAAAGUAAAUUAUACUGUACCAGUAAAUUAUUAUUGAAAAUCCAGUGUCACAGCUGUGCUGUUUGGCACCCAGGCCGUGGUGUCUAGCAGUGGAGAACUGAAUGAACAAGUGUAGACAGUAGGUAGACUUAGCUCUUCAAAAACUGUUUACAUUCAAUGGCGUCGACGCCAGUUUGGUUUGGCCAGCUUCUGGGCAAUGAUGAAGCCACACUGAAAACUGCCUCUGACAUUCUUAUCAAGUACAUUGACAACAUUUUGGCCAAUCCAGAUCAGCCAAAGUACAAGUGCAUUCGCCUGGAGAACAACACGUUCAAGGCCAAGGUGCUCUCGGCACGUGGCGCACUGCAGUGCUUGAAGGCCAUGGGCUUCGUGCAGGAUCCCGAAUACAUUGUACUGCCGAGGGACGCGGACCUGCGGAAACUCAGUGCGAUGCGUCAGAGCCUUGUGCAGCGCACAUACGUACAGCCCACAGCUGCUUUGCCUGCAGCUGUGGCACAUCGGCCGAGCAUUUCUGUUAGUCCGGAACAAACACGGAGUUUCCUGCAACGUGUUACGACUCACGCUGAGCAUGUACUGAUGUACGAAGAUCGAUCAUUGCAGUUGAAGGCACGUUCGUGUAUUCCCGUGGACCGUCUCGAUCGGGCGGCAAGUGAUGCCGUGCGCCGGGUAGAGGCAGCAACGCCCAAUGAGACAAACACGAUCAGUCAGCAGGAGUGCUUGCUCCUGGAACUGAUGCACUGGUUCAAAGAGGACUUCUUCUCUUGGUGCGAUGCACCCGAGUGCGAGCGUUGCGGGGCACCACCUGCUCAAAUGCAGUCGAUUGGUCAUGUUGCGCCAAACUCCGACGACCUGCGCUACGGUGCCAGUAGAGUCGAAGGUUAUCGGUGCUCAAUGUGCAGCUCCACGGGCCGCUUCCCACGCUACAACCAUCCCGGCAAGCUACUGGAAACGCGCAAGGGUCGCUGCGGGGAGUGGGCCAAUUGCUUUACCUUAUGCUGCCGAGCCAUGGGAUUCGAAGCGCGGCAUGCGGUGGACUGGACAGACCACGUGUGGACGGAGGUGUUCUCCGACAGGCAGCAGCGCUGGCUGCACUGCGACCCGUGUGAAGACUGCUGUGACAAGCCACUGAUCUACGAAGCGGGCUGGGGCAAGUCGCUCUCCUACAUCCUGGCGUUCAGCUUCGAGGAGGCGAUAGACGUGACCUGGCGCUAUACGGCCAAGCCCGACGAGGUGAGAACUCGGCGGUCUCUGUGUGACGAGGAUGCACUGCGCCGGUGUCUGGAUGGCUUGAGAACUCAGCGCCAGCGAGCCUUAACGGCUGACCGCCGGCAACAACUGAUGCAGCGCUGUGUGGUCGAGGCACUGGAAUUCAUGUCUGUGAAGUCUGCCGAUGACAUUGCCGGCCAGGGAAGGACUUCAGGGUCCAUGGCUUGGCGCUUGGCACGUGGUGAAACUAGCGGUGACACUGGCAGCACAAGUGCAGCCGCGGCAGCAGGGUCAGCAGCCGUAGCACCCACAGCCAUCAUCGAGACUAGCUACCUAUUCGAGCUAUCGGACGGUGACGUGGCUGCGAAGCGGAUGCGUGUCCGGUACAGCACUGCAUCCGAUGCCUAUUAUCGUCAGCAUGCCGAUCACUUGGCAAAGAACGAUGCUCCAGCACUGCGCGGCUGGAAAUCGGGCAUAUUCAUGGCAGAAAAUGUGCAGCGUAAAGUAGAGAACGACUGGAAAAUGGCUUACUUGGCUCGGCGUUCCGGUGGCAGUGAAGCGUCGGCAACAUGGACACUAGAUUUAUCAUCGCACUCGUGUACGGUCGAUCGAGCGUCAGUAUGCGUCAAGGGGGACGUCUUUGGCAGCGGUCGUAUCUCCUGGUCCGUGUCUGCCGACAACGGUGCGCUCGUGGAGCUGGAUAGUAAUUCACAGGGUGGCGCUAUGCCGGAGCUCGAUGGAGCGACAAUGAUUACAGUGACAGCAAGCAUGCAAGGCGGUGAUGGUGAUGUUGCAUGGCAGCAUACACAGCUGUUUCGCCAGAGCUCGGAAGAGAAGCUGCUAUGCCCGCUGGACAUUGACUUGAGCGUGCGCAGCAGCUGAGCUCCACCGUGUACUUCAUUUAUUGCUAGUCUUACUCCCCAAUGAGCUGGCUCGUUGUAGUUCUUUUCCCGCUUUUUCCAUUGGCAGUGCUGAUUUUGCUGGAUUCCUGCUCCUGUUCCCCACACCCACAACAGUAACGUUAUUUCUUCAUUUGACCACUCAACCUAAAUUAUAUGCUCGGGGAUAAGCUUUCACACCCCGCCAUGAAUGUGCUCUGUCUCGAUUGUGUAUUUUCAACUAUUUUGAUAUGUGCCGAUUAUGCUUUUUCGUGCACGGUUCAUCUCUUGAAGACAAGCCAUUGUUGUCUUGUUUUCUAGUGUCCCCUCUCCCUUCAUCUGUCCGUGUCCCUGGUGGAGAACUUUUCACUUUUAGCUAGUAUUAUCUUAGAAAUCAAAUACAAGCACAUGUAGUUUGGCUGGCUGGUCCCACCAGCUGCAUGCCAUAGCUUUGCAAUGCUCUAUUGGUCUCAUUUCCCAUAACAACAUGUGUACUAGUCAACUUGAA